AUGACGGCGACAUCGCUGUUAUCCAGCACGGCGUGUGGUGCAGCACAUCCACGCGUCACUCCGCCGAGCGUCAAGGUCCGCAAUGGGCCUUACCACGGCAUUUUGAAACAGCACUAUGGCCAAGACGUGUUUCUUGGGAUGCCCUUUGCGCAGCCUCCGGUGGGAGACUUGCGGUUCCGCCAGCCACGGUCAUUAAACGCGAUUUGGGACGGCAGUCGAAGUGCAACGGCUAAUUAUCCCGAGUGUUGGGUGCUGGGCAAUCCUUUCUCGGAAGACUGUCUUGCCAUCAACGUGGUGCGGCCGCAUGGUGUUGCAGAGGGUGACAAGCUGCCCGUCGCGGUGUGGAUCUAUGGCGGUGGAUGGGUGGCUGGUGGAAGCCAGGACCCGCGGUAUAACCUCUCGUUUAUCAUUGAGCAGUCUGUGCAGAUGGAUUAUUUGCAGGGGCAGUAA